GGAAACGCACAGAAGAUGCAGACGACGCGCAUGAGAGGAGACUCGAUUCGUCCCUUCACCGCAUCUUUCUCCCGUCCAUCUUCUCGUCAGAACUGCGUGCCGCACGUCCACCUGCUAGCUAUGGACCCCAACUGUACCUGCGAGAAUGGUGGCUCUUGCACCUGUGCAGGUUCCUGCAAAUGUAAAUCCUGCCGAUGCACCUCCUGCAAAAAAAGCUGCUGCUCCUGCUGCCCAGCCGGAUGUGCCAAAUGUGCCCAGGGCUGUGUCUGCAAAGCCCCUCAGACCGAGACUUGCAGCUGCUGCCAGUGAUGCUCCUGCUUCCCUGUACCUGUAGAUAGAGAAAUCUGUACAGACCUGACUUUUUAUACACCUGGAUAUGUUUUCUACGAUUUCCCCAUAAAAUAAAAUGAAAAUAAAUUUACUCAA